AUGCCGAGAGGUCACCAGGGUCGUCUUCGAAAGGCGAAAGCCUUCGCCAAGAAACUGCUAAGGGAACUCAGAAGUGAUGCACUCCCGCCACCUAAUAUCACGGGAAACCAAGAACCAAACGAAAAUGUGAGUGAAGUGCAAGUCCGCGAGAUACCGGCAGUGGCAAGUGCCAAUCAGGACAACGAAGAAAGCAAUGACCACGAGAACCACGAUGGAAGGCCAAAGAAACGUCGCAAGAAGCCCUUCGUGCGGUCUCAGAGGUUCAGCAGGAGGGGAAAAAAGGAAAGAGAUGUCUGGAAAGAAAAGGUCAGUGGUGUUCCUACUCUCAAGGAACUUGGGUCAAUCAUCAAUGACGAAGAUGCAGCAAUUCGUUACCUGGGAUCCAAAGGGGCAAUAAAGAUCCCUACUGUGUGUGGGAGAUGCAACUCGGCGGUCAAGCCAGACUGGAAACGACACCAGUCCAGGUGUCAGAAGGCUAAUUGCAUUUGGACGGCACCAAAGCAAUGUGAAAUAUGCCCCGGUGACGACAUGAGAACAGUGCCUCUUCCUCCACGACUGUCGACUGCCCAAGAACGAGAUAGUGCUCCUGCUGUAUCUGUGGCUAACGAACGCGACACACAAGAUGGUCUGCAGCAUGCUGGGAUGGGACAGCGAAACAGCAACCAGGUGGCUCAAGUGGAUCGACAAUUCACACUGACAUGUGGAAAGGGGUACCUAAGUCUAGAGAGGCUUGGUUAUGACCACAAGACUCUCUGUCACAAGUACGAGUUUGUAUCAGCAGAAGGAACCCACACGCAGACGAUUGAAGGGAACUGGACUCCACUUAAGCGAGCAAUUCCUGUGCAGUGCAGGAGUGGAGUAGACUUGCAAGAAUACCUCUUCCAGUUCAUGUGGAGAAGAAAGAACGAAGGCAACGAAUGGGAGGCCUUGUGGGAUGGCCUGGCAAGGGUACAGCUGACGAUGCAAGAGCUGGAACGAAUGGAUGAGGAAAGAGAACGUGUGUGCGAGGACGAGGAUGACGAUUAUGCCCCCAUUGAUGAUGCCCAACAAGACGAGAAGUUAGAAGCAGAAGCGGACAACGACAACGACUUCGAUGAUCUGGUGGGCUUGUUCGGCGACAUGGAUCUGACUCCAGUUUCAGAAGGGGGCCUCUUGGUGGAAACGACGGCUAACGACAACACUACAGCAGAGGACGAUGAAGAACGGCUACAUGAAGACUUGGCAUAUGAAGUUAUCGGUGAGAUGUUAGCGGGAGGAGAGAUCGACAGGUCCAUUUUCUUCCACGAAGGUCAACUGAGGGCAAAUAUUUAG